UAGAAUUUGUAUAACGUAGUAUCGCCAUAAUAAACUGUCAAAAAGUUUAAGAAUUACUUUGCUAUUCGUUUCAAAAAAAGAUUUUGUCGUUCGAAUAUAUUUUCUUUUCGGUUUUCGUUUAAUCGAAUCACGGAAACUUUUUAUUUUGAUAGCAAUUAAAAUUUUGCUAUAUAAAAUUUCUAUAUUCUUUUUGACCAGUCAUCUAUAAAUCAUAAAAAUGAAGUGCGAUUGGUGCCCACCAACAACUAAAACCUUUACCAGAUUUCCAUGCUGCUUCCAGCUAUAUCCUGGAAAAAAUGAACGUACUAAUCCAGGUAAUAUACAGGAGCUUCAUGGAAUGGCACGCCGUAUUAUGCCAAAGUUUUUCGAUGGUGUGGAGGUGGACUAUGUGCAUCGUCUUUCCUCUAAUAAGAUUAUAACAACUAACUGGUUACUGAGUCAUACGCGUCCGUCUGGAUUCCGUUUUGGAGGUAUAUAUACAAUGCGAGUGCAAGACGAUAUUAUGCAAACUCCUACUGUUCACGCUGAUAUAAAUCCAUCGUCCUUGGCCUCUAAUUUUGGUGUGCUAUAUUAUCCAUUUAACUGCCUUCGGUUAGAAGCUCUUCUCCAACGCGCUGGCACUGAUACGCCUUUAACAACACAACUAACAGCCGAAAUUACCCGUCCAUGUGCUACCAUUACUGCCAAUUAUUAUACUUAUGAGGACGAGAAAGGCCGCGGUACUCUUUCGUUCAUGCGAUCUAUUACCGCACAUUGGGCUAUAGGCGCAGAGCUUCUGUUGGAAUGGCCAGACGCAAACUCCUUGAUGGCUGAUACUGCAUUUGCAGCACGCUAUUCGACACACAACUACGCAGUAGCAGCAUCCGCUUCGCGCCAAGGGGUAGACAUAAGUUAUUGGCAGCGAAUACAUAGCAGGAUACAAAUGGGCACAACGAUGGCGUGGCAAAGAAAAACUAAGGACACAUACGCUGCCAUAUGCUACCAAUGGGACUUUAAGGAUGCUGUCGUUCGAGGAGUUGUGCAAUCUGAUUUAUCCGUUGGUUUUAUGUAUCAAAGAUCUUUGUCGCACAUUCCUUGUGGUUUUGGCGUUAGCCUAUUAAUGAAUAUACCAACCAAUAAAUUCGUUUUUGGUAUUAAAUUCAAUUUGGAUCCUAGUGGUCUUAAGCGUGGGGACUAACAAAAAUUCUAAAACUAAUCUUUCUAUUACACCUUAACUAGAAUUGAUGAAUUAAAUAGAAGUUCCACAAAAUGCAACCAACCUUCAUUGUUAUUGUAAUUCCAGAUUAUAUUUAUUAUAAUCUUUGAAUACUUCACUAACAUCGAAACUAAAAAUUUUUAAUGUGAAG